AUGUCAAAAGAUGAAUAUAAGCAAAUCCGAGGAGGUGGAAUUAAAUUAAAGGGGAAUAAGAAAAAUCUAUUUAAAGUCGACAAAGGAAAGAAGAAACAUAGAAAUAAAGACGACAACGAAAAAGUAGACCCAGACACAAUAAGUCAUGGCGGAUGGCGUCGGAUAGAAGAAGAAUUCGAUUUGAAAGGUGGAAUCAAUAUAGCAUUCGAAUGCGCUUCGUCAGGUUCUGAGAAAAUGUACAUUGCGGCUCUGGAUAAUGGAAAGUUCACCGUGGGUGGACCCCAUAAAGACGGAGAAGGCCCGAAUCCAGAGGAGAUUUUUGCGUUGGUGAAAACUCCAGACGACAGUAAAAUCAGUCUCAAAACCGGUUAUGGCAAGUAUGUCGGCGUCGACAGCGAAUAUCAACUGGUCGCCGUCGCCGAAGCAAUCGGUGCCAGAGAGCAAUUCCUUGUCGUCUUCCAGGAUGGAAAAACCGCCAUUCAAGCUGUCGCCUCACCAUUAUUCCUCUCUACACAACCAAAUAAAGAGGGCUACAUUUAUGUAGCAAGUCGGACGGCAAAAGACGAUGAAAUGAUAAAUGUGCGAACCGAUGCCGUCAGAGAAGGACCUGUCGAUUGGCGUUCAGCGGAAGACAAGAAGAGCGCCAAGGAUUGCGAGCUCGCCUAUGUAAAAAUGUUCCAACAUUCCAAAGUCGAUUUGAAAGGUCGACAUAUCGCCGUGGAUCUCAACGAUCGGAAAUCGGUGAAAAAAGCGCAAGCGGAAGGAAGCGCCCACGAGCUUCUUCUAAAUCGUCGCGAGAAGACCAAAUCGGAUCGAUAUUGUUGA